AUGGCACAUCUAAUGAAGCUGUUGGUGGGAAAGUGUGGUUAUUCUGGAAUAAUGUCGUUGUGGUUCAUAUUACUGCAAAUGUGGGUUGAUCAUUCGGAGUUUUUUGAAUGUGUACAGAGGGCUUGGAUGGUUCCUGUGGCUGGUGGGGGUUUAUGGAAGCUUACUAGUAAACUUAAACGGGUUCAGGAAUUGUCUUCGUGGAGACGUAGGGAGGAUAUUCGUUUGGCUCAGAUGGAAAAGUUAAAAUGGAAGGUGGAAGGUGAUAGAAAUUCUAAACUUUUUCAUGCUUGUUUGGCUAAUAAGAGGCGCAAGCGUAUAUCUGGCAUGAGAGCUGCGGAUGGGAUCGUGUUUGAGUCGCCUGAAGCCAUCCAUCAGGGAACGAUUGAGUAUUUCUCUAGUUUUCUUCAAGCAGAUCCUCUCCGUGUUUUGCCGGACCUGUCUUAUCUUAUCUCUCCUGUUAUUUCAGAUGAUGAUAAUGGCCGUAUUGUUUCUUUAAGAGAUGUUGAGAAAUUGUUAAAGUGGACAUCGUUGAAGCUAUUUCGGAUUUUUUCCUCUCUAAGCAGUUGUCGCAGUUCUAUUCGGCCUCUUUUAUUGCUCCCGAAGGUUGAUGUGCCUACUGGGUUUGAUAAGUUUAGACCAAUUAGCCUAUGUUCGGUGUUCUAUAAGAUUUGUUCAAAAAUUCUGAUUAAUCGGUUGACAAGUCUUCUUCCAAGCAUGAUCUCUCUCGAGCAAGGUGCUUUCGUUUCGGGUUGCAGCAUCUUUGAAAAUAUUUCCCUGAUGAAGGAAUUGGUGCAUUCUAUUAAUAAGAAAGCCCAUGGUGGCAAUAUUAUUCUCAAAGUGGAUAUGGCUAAAGCAUAUGAUCGGGUUGAUUGGUCUUUCCUUUUGGAGGGAGGUCGUGGUUUGCGUCAAGGGGAUCCUCUUUCACCCUAUAUGUGCAUUAUUCUUCAAGAAGUCCUUGCUAGACUCCUUAAGAAUAGUGUUGUGGAAAAAAGAUUUGGACAAUUUUCGCAAGCCAGAGGUACGGUUCAAAUUUCACAUCUAAUGUAUGCUGAUGAUGUGUGA